CGGAACAGGGGCGCUCUGUCGGUGAGUUCCGAAUGACACAGCUGGCCAUUGGAGGACUGAUUAUCCGGUAGUGCAGUUUCGCAGUUUGUGAUCGACCGUGCAGGUUAGCCGGUUGGCGCCAAAAUCGGACUUGCGCUAGUGGAAGUUAUACAAUGUUGGACUGAUAUCUAUUCGCUGAGUAGUUUGUGAUAAUAAGUGAUACGUGUGGAAGUUUAUUCCUAAAAGGAAAAAUGGCCAUGUCUACGACCAUCAUGGUGCGGAAUAUGUCGUCGAUGAAUCCGUUGAAACGGAUGAAGCUCAAGGAAAACCAAGUGUUAUUUCCGGUCGGAUCCAGCGACGACGACUUCGACGAAAAUGGAUCAACGGUAGUUCUGAAGAGAAAGAUUCCCAUUGGGACUCUCGGAAGCAUCGAAAACGUCAUGUUUAACAAUGUUUCUUCCGGUGAGUUGAGAAAGCCUUUGGGACAACUGCAGCCCACCGUACAGUCACCGGGUCCAGGGCGGCGGAAGAAUUCCGAUCCUAAAAGUGCGAUCACAUCGGUUGAACGGCGAAACGCUCGCGAGCGGAACCGAGUUCAACAGGUUAACAAUGGCUUUGCAGCGUUGCGACAGAGAAUACCGGAGGAAAUUGCUGAAGCAUUCGAAACUGGAACAACUCGAGGUGUUCACAAGAAACUGAGCAAAGUUGAAACUCUUCGAAUGGCGGUCGAGUACAUAAAAUGUCUGGAGCGGCUACUUUCUCUUGACCCGGAGAAAGAGGGAAGUACCAUUAAGCUCCAAUCACAGCAGCAGCAAGAAACUCAACUCCCGGCUACACCUCCACCUGAACCGAUCCAGCCAAAUAAUAUCUUCCUAGCAAUCAAACCUCGUGCCAUCGGAAGCUGCAGCGGAGCUUCCUUCGACCAAACUCAAAUCACCAUCAUAAACGGACACCAGUACAUACGUAUUCCCGGGACCAACACGUUUCAGUAUCUGGAUCCGGAGAGUCUGUACGACGAAUCACCGAACGACAGUUCGUUUUUCGCAGACAACAGCUCAGCCAUUGAUCAGGAUGUCAUCAUGGAAGACUCAACGGAACUGAUGAGCGAGUCAUGCGCGGCUUUGUCUCCGCAAUCUAACUUCACACUGGAUCCGGAAGAGAAAAGAGAUGACGUAAUCUACGCUGGUCACGUAUCGGAGGAGGAAGAAAAGAUCGUCUCGUUAAUCAACCAGCAGCAGUACGCGGAUAUAAUGAUGAUUAAAAGUGAACUGCAAGACGAUGAUGAAGAGUCACUGCUUCAGCAAACCGCCAACGAUCCAACUUUUCUCGAAUCGAUCAACUGGUUCGAAAGUCACCAUUAGUGAAGCCGGAAUUUAUAGCUAAGGUUGAAUAUCUGUAUAUAAAAUUAUUUAUUUGAAAGUCGAAUUUUAUUAUUAUUAUUCUAAUUAUACGAACAUUUAAUUUAUUAGUUCCCAUUUGGUCUUCU